GUCGCCGCCCCUCGCACCCCCGGCACCGCCCGUCCACAAGGACGUGCCCACCCCGCCGGGAGGGGCGGAGCGGCGGUGCGGGCKCUUCUCCCUGGGGGUGGCUUUGGCCGCCGCUCGCUCCCGCGGCUCCGCCUGGUUCCUGCCGGGGUCGGGAGGGUGUCCCGGCRGCUGGGCCGGAGCCUGAGCCCAUGGGUGCUCCAAAGGGGUGGCCUGAGCUGUGCUCGCAGGCACAGCCGUCCAGCUGGCGCGGCGUGAGUUCUGGCUAACAAAAAACGUUUUUUAACCGUGUGAUGGAGGCGAGGGAAUGCAGGAGGAAGCUGCCUUUCUAGGCAGUGGACCCCACCAUGAUCGAAGUUGUGUUUACAACCAGAGCAACAUAGUGGAUGGAGUUUACUGCCUCCCAAUAGCCCACUGGAUUGAAGUCUCUGGACAUACUGAUGAGAUGAAACAUACAACCGAUUUCUAUUUUAAUAUUGCAGGACAUCAAGCUAUCCAUUACUCCAGGAUUCUGCCAAACAUCUGGCUGGGAAGUUGUCCUCGGCAGCUGGAGCACGUGACCAUCAAGCUGAAGCAUGAACUGGGUGUUACGGCUGUGAUGAACUUCCAGACUGAAUCUGACAUUGUUCAGAAUUCCUGGGGCUGCAACCGCUACCCAGAACCCAUGAGCCCUGAAACCCUCAUGAGGCUGUAUAAGGAAGAAGGUCUUGCCUAUGUCUGGCUGCCAACUGCAGAUAUGAGCACUGAAGGAAGGAUACAGAUGUUGCCACAAGCUGUGUGCCUCCUGCACGGGCUGCUGGAGAAUGGACACACGGUCUAUGUCCACUGCAAUGCYGGCGUUGGCAGGUCCACGGCAGCUGUCAGUGGCUGGCUCAGGUAYGUGAUGGGCUGGAGCCUGAGGAAGGUGCAGUACUUCUUGGCUUCCCGGAGACCAGCUGUCUACAUCGACGAGGAGGCUCUGAAUCGUGCUGAAGAUGAUUUCUACCUGAAAUUUGGGCACCUUCGUCCCUCAUACCAAAUACAAGAGUAGAAAAGGAGAAGAGGAAAAGGAAGGCGAAGAGGAUCCUUACAUUUAACUCCAAGGACUUAGAAAUUGUUACUCAGGCACCCACCUCACCUGUUCAGAUUAUAAGCUUCUUGUAAAAGUGAUGAGAAUUUUGUUUUAAAAGUGCCUUUGAGUGUUUUUUGCUUUCUUUAAGCUGACGUGAUUCAUGUUUUCAAGCCUCUUGGUGCAAUUACGAGACCUAGAAACUCUGCAAAGUGAAACAAGAUUUUCUUUUAACUACUUACCUAUAGGAACUGAGAUUUUAGAGCAGACACUAAACAAGAGGUGAGGUAAAAUAGGGUUGUAAUAUUUCAGUGACAAGAAAGCAAAGGCAUUCUUGAAAAAAAAUGUACAAAUGUUGACUGGAUGAUGGUUCAGGUUAGGGUGGGGCAGAUCUGCAUCAAAGCUGA